GGCGCAGCCUCCCUCCUCCGUGCCAGCAGGGGGCGCAGCCGCCGUUCCGCACCGCAUCCGGUGCGCGUGGCGCCAUGGCGACGGGCGCCCGCAGAGCCGUGUACCCGCUGUUCCAGCUGGGCGGCCCGCAGCUGCGCAUCUUCCGGCCCGACUUCUUCAUGCUGGCGGUGCGGCCGGGCGUCCCGCAGCCCGAGGACACCGUGCAGUUCCGGGUCUCCAUGCAAAUGACAAAAGUGGAUAUCAAGAAUUACCUUGAAAAAAUAUACAAUGUGCCAGUAGCUGCUGUGAGGACCAGGAUACAGUAUGGUGCAAACAACAAGAGGAAUCACAAGAAUCAGAGAGUGAAGAAGCCAGAUUACAAGGUUGCCUAUGUACAGCUGGGCCAAGGACAAACCUUUCAGUUUCCCAACCUAUUUCCAGAGAAAGAACAAGACACAGAAACUCAAUCUUUUGAUGACUUCAAGAAUAAAUACAUGGAGAGAGAGCAACAGAAGCAGAAAGGUGACCCCAGAAGAGGAGGAGUCCCCGACUGGUUUGGACUUUGAUGCAGCAAGCCAGCUGCCUUUCUUUAUGCUCAGAGGGAUUUAGGUCAGCAGAAUUUGCACUCUUCCCUUCUUGUAAUGACUGAAUGUUUAUUCUUCAGCAGCCUUUGCUAGUGUGUCUUUUUUCUUGGCUGUUUGUGCACAACUACAACAAAAUGGCUCUAAAGAAAUAAAAAGAUAAAAUAAAUCUAGUUGCAUCAGGUCUUUCAUCUGAACUUGUUGACUAUUGCUUAAAUGUGAAAUUGCUUCUUCUUGUUCCUGACCAUGAGAGUGUUAUUGUGCUUACCUUUUUCCUGCUUCUUGGUUUGUUCUGAGUAGAAGAAGGGGGCAUGUCAUUUCCCAGGUUUGCAUUGAAUAGAAUGGUUAAAAGUCAAGAUAGGUCACUAGGGCAGACAUGACGGU